CCCCAGCAUCUCUCGUCAUCACUCUCAAGCUCAAGUGGGUCAAUAAUUUUAGACGCUCCAGCCUGCCUAGUAAAUAAUGUCCUCUUUCUGCAAAAACCAUCGGCUACCUCAGCUCCACGUCCAUGUGGAAAAAGAAGAAGUAAAAAGAGAAGCUUCCCAUCCUCUACUUUCUCAUGCUUGCUUUUCCUGGGUAGUUGUAGUAGUAACCAGGGAGCGCUUCUCACAAAAUAGAACAAGGACAAAUCUAUAUUAGUCCCCGAACUAUAUAUAGUUUGUAGAUUGAGUUUCGUAACAGCUAAUUUUAUGCAUAGCAUCACCCAUCAAUCUAAUCUAUCCGAGGAUCCACCUCUCCCCGAUCUAGCCCUUGAGCUAAGAUAAAUUAAGUCAGCAAAUUGAUAGUGCCUUGCGUGUGAGCUGCGCGCGCGCUCAGUGGGAGGGGAUUGAGUGCUCAGGAGGAAUUAGUUUCAGAUCAUAAGAACAUGUAUCAUCUCUGAUUAUUUUAGCAGAAGAAGCCAAUUGGGGAAAUGGAGAUAAGAUGGGGGAUCCAAUCGAAGAAAUCAGUAGUUUGAGCCUCAAUAGAAGAGCUACGUGUAAAUAGAGGUCUCCCAUAAAAAGAGAGUCACAAGGACAAUCAAUCCCAAAACCAAACGUUUACUUGAUUAUUUUAUAACUCUUCCAGUUCCACCCAAACUCAAACCCCCAGCUGCUUAGAUUUUCCGAAUUGAUGUCAGUACGAGGUUACAAGAACUAGAUUGUCCAAUCCAGUUAACAAAAAUGUCAUCUGCUUCAACCGCUACUGUUACUUCUUCUUCUACAGUACCUCCUCGUGUAGUAGAAGAGAAAACCGUGCAAGAAGAACUCUCUCUUCCAAUCUUACUUGCAGAUCGUGUCAUAAAAUCAGCCCAAGAAGCUGAAUCUUUAAGGCAAGACUGUUCUGACUUAGCGAAACAAGUUGACAUCCUUUCUCAAAAGCUCCGCUCUGCCGUCCGCCUUGCUGUCUCCAUCCCUUCCCUCUAUGACCGUCCUCUCCGCCGUAUCGCCUCCGACAUCACCAGGAAUCUUGACCGUGCGCUAACACUUGUCCGCAAAUGCAAGAAACAUAGUGGGGUACUUCGGCAAGUGUUUUCUAUUACCACAACUGCUGAUUUUCGUAAGGUUUCGAAUCUUUUAGAGUCUUCUAUUGGUGAUAUGAAAUGGCUGCUUUCGGUUUUUGAGCCUGAUGGUGGUGCUCAUUUGUCUUUGCCUCCUAUUGCUAGUAAUGAUCCUAUUCUUGCUUGGGUCUGGUCUUCUAUUUCUGCUGUUCAAAGGGGUCAAGUUAAGGAUCGUGUUGAUGCCGCCAAUCAACUCGCUUCGUUAGCGCGUGAUAAUGAUAGGAAUAAGAAGAUGAUUGUUGAAGAAGGUGGGAUUUUGCCUUUGUUGAAGUUGCUCAAGGAGGGUGCUUCUGCGGAGGCACAAAUUGCUGCUGCCACUGCACUUUCUAAUAUUGCAAGUGAUAGAGAAAGAGUUAGGUUGAUUGUUGAUGCACUUGGGAUUUCGAUGAUUGUUGGGGUUUUAGGGGAUUCACAAACGAAGGUUCAGAUUUCGGUGGCCAAUUUGGUGGCGAGAAUGGCGGCUUUGGAUGAUUAUGCGCAGGAGGAGUUUAUGAGAUUGAAUGUGACUAGGCCAUUGGUGUCUUUGUUGUCUAGUCAUUUGGAUUUGGAAAUAGCGAGUAAUAACCCUGUUAAAACUAGUAUUCCCUCGCUUAUCGAAAUGAACAAAAAAUUAGCUUAUAAGAAUUUUAAGGCUAGUUAUAAUUCGGACAGUAGUAGUCAUGGUGGUUCACAUAGUAACAAGGAGAGGGAAAUGGAGACACCAGAGAUGCAGCUUAAGCUUAAGGUUAGUUGUGCAGAGGCACUGUGGAAACUGUCAAGAGGGAGUGUGUCCAAUAGUAGGAAGAUUACGGAGACAAAAGGCUUGCUUUGCUUAGCGAAGAUUGUUGAGAGGGAAAAAGGGGAGCUGCAGUUUAAUUGUUUGAUGACCAUUAUGGAGAUCACGGCAGUGGCAGAGUAUAAUGCUGAUCUUAGACGUGCAGCUUUCAAGACUAAUUUGCCUGCUGCAAAGGCAGUUUUGGAUCAGCUUUUAAGAGUAAUUCAAGAGGAAAGUGAUCCACAGUUGCAGAUUCCUGCUAUUAGGUCAAUUGGUUGCUUGGCUCGAACAUUUCCUGCGAGGGAAACUCGAAUAAUGGCGCCUUUGGUUUCUCAUCUUGGUAAUAGGAAUGUGGAAGUCGCUACAGAAGCUGCUAUUGCCUUGGGGAAAUUCGCAUGUCCGGAAAAUUUCAAUUGUUCCGAGCAUUCGAAAGCAAUUAUAGAGUUCGAUGGGGUUCCCCCUUUAAUGAAAUUGCUACGGUCUGGUGAUCAGCCUCAACUGCAGGGGCUUGUAUUAUUAUGUUACCUCGCAUUGAGUGCUGGGAACAGUAAGGCUCUUGAGCAAGCACGCGCUUUGAAUACUCUUGAGGGGACAGCUCGUUCUGUUUUAGCUCAACAUCCUGAAUUUAAGGAUUUGUUUGCCAAGGCCAUACACCACCUCACUCUUUAUCAGGCUGGAGCUCCUCUCAAUAGACAAUCUUUGGCACCAUAAUGACUAUUGCCAAAACUUUUCAUCCUUGUGAGUGUUGUAAUAUACAUUACACUAGAUUCUUUCUGAUAAUUGGAGAAAACUUGGUGAUUGGGACAUGAUUGUUGAACAAGAUUCAAUGCAUGCUUGAUAAAUGCAUUGGAUUUCAGUUCCGCCUAAUUUAACAAGGUUUUCUUGCUGUAAUGUUGAAUUAUAGCCAAGCUUUUGUUUGUUCUGCA